UUAUUUUCUUCAUCUACUUUUUCUUGCAAAAACCCUAAUUUUUUUCAGUCACAAUUUUCCUUUUUUCUGACAUCAAAAUUUAAUUUUUCCAUUUCAUCUCUGUAACUCUGUUCUAGCUCUGCAAUGGCUUGUAUUAUGCAUACGUAAUUUUACAAAAAAACGCACAGUAAAACAGAUUCUUCUUGCAGUAGAGUUCUGCUGUACUGUGUUGAUCUCUGAAUUUUAAGACAACCUAAUUUUUGUUUCUAGACUCACAGAGUGUCUCAGCAGACUGCGUCAUGUUUGUGUUUGUACAAUUCUUCACUCUUCAAAGAAUUUUGUGUUUGAAUGUGAUUUUCUCUGUUGGUACAUGUGUUUGAGGUGAAAAAGAUUUGAUCUUUAUUAGUCUUGUGAUUAGGGGCUAAGCAUUUUGGAAUUGUUUUUCAAGGGUUUAAGUUUGUUAGUAUAUGAAUGGAGGAAAAAGAAGGGAUGAAUGGUUCAGGCAUCACAGUAAGAGGUGAUGAAGCUCCUCAAAGCUACAGUGUUGAGCCAAGAGUUGAAAAUUCCAGCAACUUUGUUGGAUCAGCGCCAACUGCGGCUGCAUCCACUGGGGAUGGGAAGAAGAAGAGAGGGAGGCCAAGGAAGUACGCGCCAGAUGGCUCUAUUGUGGCAUUGUCUCCUAUGCCGAUAUCGGCCUCGAUUCCGCUCACCGGAGAUUAUCCGGGUUGGAAGCAGAGCGGAGGCCGGCCGGUUGACUCUUUCAAGAAGAAGCAUAAGCUGGAUUUUGCAAAUGCAGGUAGUACUAUGGCAUACCCUGUUGGUGGAUGUUUUACUCCCCACAUGAUAACUGUAAACUCUGGCGAGGAUAUCAUGAUGAAGAUAAUAUCCUUUUCCCAACAAGUAUCCCGAGCCAUUUGCCUUCUGGCUGCAAAUGGUGCGAUCUCAAAUGUCACCCUACGUCAACCAAAUUCUUCUGGUGGUACUUUAACUUAUGAGGGUCGUUUUGAAAUCCUCUCUUUGACGGGAUCAUUUAUACCUAGUGAUAACGGAGUGACAAAAAGCAGAUCAGGUGGAUUGAGCGUCUCUCUGGCAGGCCCUGAUGGGCGCGUAUUGGGUGGAGGACUAGCUGGCAUGCUCGUCGCAGCCAGCCCAGUUCAGAUUGUGAUUGGCAGCUUUGUUCCUGGUGGAUCCCACGCGCAGCCAGAGCAAAAGCCUAAGAAACCGAAAUACGAGCAAACAAUAUCAUUUGGGGCUAUCCCCGCUAACCCUAUUUCUGAAGCCUCCUACGGUGGGCCAAAGGCGAAUCUGACUACGUCCGUUUCCUUCCAUGGCGACAACCUGUCGUCAGUGAACUCCAUACAUGGUUCGAAGAUCGCUGACCCUGGUAAUAAUGUAUCUUUUACCGGUGACGAAUCUAGAGAGCAGAACCAUGACUUAACGUGCUGAUGGCGUAUGCGUUUUUACUGUAUUUGAAUCUUUGGCUUUUGAAUAUGGUGUAGAAGUUUUAUAGGCUCACCUGUCCUGACCCCCGUUACAAAGUAGAGCAUGAUUUGUCUGUUAAAUUUUUCAUAGGAAGUUAGGAUUAGAAGGGUUCUGUUGUAGGGUUGAUCACCUUUGUUGUGUGUAACUUUGAUCAGUUGAUGUAUUAUUAUUAUUAUUAUUAUUAAACUGGAAUCAUCACUUGUAGUCAA